UUUUGUAUCGAAUAAACUGUUAGAGGUGACCUUGGUGAGUCACUCGGUUUGUGCUUUAUAUUGCAUUUGUGUACUUAAACAUGACGCCGACCUUCAAUUCCUUUAUUUAUAUUUUUGUUUUAAUUAUUUCGAGAUGUUCUAGUCAAAGUGUGUCACUCAUUGGAUCUCGAUUUGUGUCAAAUAACUCAACUUAUAAAGCAUAUCUGCUUACAAAUGGCUUGAGUGAUGACUCAUUGGUUCAUGUUGGAUUUGGACCUAAAGGUGGAGAUUUAAUGAUUGUUAAGGAUGUUGAUCAAAGUCCAUUGAAAGAGUUGAGUUUUGAUGUUCCAUCAGAUGACAUCACUGACUAUGAGCUAAGCAUAUCAUCAAAGCUUAAAAGUACGUGCCGGGAGCAGUCAGUAAAUCUUUUUAAGACAUCAAAUAAUCCAAUUAUUUUCAUACAAUUCAGCAAGCCAAUUUACAAAACGAGUGAAAUAUUUAACUUUAAAAUUUUCAUUUUAUCACAAAAGCUGCUUCCAAUGUCAAAGUUUAGAGGCAUGAAUGUCAAAAUAGUCAAUCCAAGAGGUGUUGUUUGGAGUCACGAUAAAGUUGCAGAAGUAUCAAAAUAUGGAAUUUAUGAAAAUUCAAUGAAACUUUGGGACAUUCCUAAUUUUGGAGAAAAUGAUUUAGGAAUUUGGACGAUCAAUGUUGAAGACGAUGGCAAAAAGGCAUCAAAGUCAUUUGAGGUUCAGUAUAUAAGCAAAGAUGACACUGAAGUUUUCGUCCAAGUUCCAUCAGAAAUCGCAUUUGAAGAUCGCAGAAUUUAUGUCAAUAUUUUCACAAAAGAUCCAAAAAAUCGAUUUGCUGCAAUCUUUUUGACAGCAAAGUUUGUGAAUUCAUCACGUAUUGAAAUUGACAAGCAUAUAAAAAGUGAAUAUCUAACAGACACUAAGACUGUGAUCACGCUUGACUUUAAACAAGAUUUUGGAAUUAAUUUUCCAUCAAGUGACAUGAUUCUGACAUUAAGAGUCGACAUCGUGCAGGACAAGAAGACAACAACAAUCAUAAAAGAUGUCAAAAUGAAGCAGAAAGAAAGGCACAAAAUUCAAAUUGUCAGAAAAAAAUAUUUCAAGCCAGGAUUUAAGUUUUUAAUGAAAAUUCGAGUAAAGCUGCUCGAUGGAAAGUCAGACAACUCACUUAAUCAGCUAUCAACAACAAUCAAGUAUUUAUCAAGUAAAAAUGGACCUGCUGAAGAGAAGAGCUUCCAAACAAAUUUAAAAAAUGGAGAUGCUGUUCAUGUUCUGCAGCCUAAAGCUAAAACUUCAAGAAUCAUAGUUCAACUAAAGUUCGCAGACACAGAACUUGUAGAGGAAAUUGACAAGUUACCAGGAGUUGAGGAGUAUCUGCAAGUUUCUGUGCUUAGUAAAAGCACAAAAGUUGGGUCAACAGUUCAAAUGAAAGCUCAAACUACAGAAGAAAUGGAGCAGCUUAAUGUGCUUAUUUUUGGCACCAAAGGUAUCGUCCAUACCAAAACAUUUCAUGAUGCAAUUGGUAAAGAUGUUUUUGAGUUUCCAUUGGAACUGACGGAUGAGAUGAGACCGGAAGCACGUGGACUUGUCUUUUACACGAGAGCUUCUGAUGGUGCGAUUGUUUAUGAUGAAUUCUCUUUAAGUAUUGGAUUUUCUGUUAACAAUUCUCUUGACAUCUCAGCACCAGAAGCAGCUGAACCUAAUCAAAUGAUGAACAUCGAAGUUAAAACUGAAAAAGAUUCUCAAGUCUUUCUUGUAGCUGUUGACGCAAAUUCAGAGCUUUAUAAUGGAGAUAGUGGAGUCUCUAGGCUCUCAAUUUACAACGAGAUUGCAUAUCAUUUAAACAGAAAGUUCUCAAAUCCUUCAAACUAUCAAUUUGAGAAGCUUAAUGGCUUCAUCUUGGAACCUCUUAAAAAUGGACAAAAUUGCAAUUCUGGUCAAAUUAAGGAAGACAAAGAAUUGCUAGAAAUUCAAUCAUCUGAUCCCUCAUCACAAAAGUACUUCCCAGACACAAUACCUGAACUAAGUUUCAUAGCAUCAAGUGAAGUUCAAACAGUCCAAAUGAAAAUGCCAGACAGUACAACAAAAUGGAAGAUUUAUGGAAUCUCAGUACAUCCAACAAAAGGUUUUACAGUCUCAAAGACAAAUCUUGAAAUUUCUGUCAAGGAAUCAGUCAAAAGUGGCGUUCAAAUAGAAAUCGACAGUCCAUCGACCAUCAAACAAGAUGAAACUUACAGAAUACAAAUUAUUACCAAAAAUUUGCAGCCAUCAUACUUAACUGGAAUCGUUACUUUGAAUAUUGAGGAUGGAACUAUUUUUGAAUUAAAAUCAGAAUGGAACAAUAAAUGCCUCAAAUAUCUGCCUAGAAAAGCUCCGCUGACUUACAAUGUUCAAUUUACACCACAAAACAGUUUUAAUGGACAAAAUUUCGGCAUCUCAGCUAAAAGUGAUAAGCCAGUCAAAAUAACAGCCAAAUUUGAAUCAAUCAAAGGCAAAUCUGAAGCAGCUUCAGAAGUUCUAGUUGAAGCACUAGAAAAAUUAAAGACUGAAGCUGUAAAGUCUAAUUUAAUUGAAUUAAAUCAAAAGUAUCCAAAUUUUAAAUUGGAACUGCCAAGCAAUGCUAAAUCAGUCAAAACAUUUGUGGAUGUUCAUGGGAAUUUACUUGGACCAGCAUUGGAUGGACUUGAAAAGAUGUUUGGAAGACAAAUGUUCCUGGAUGAAGAGAAGGUCCUCAAGUUCCAAACAGCAAUAAUAAACUUUAAAUUCCUAGACUCAAUUGGUCAAUCCAACCAUGAUAAAGCUAAAGCAGCUAAAAUUGAAAUAUUUGAAGGCGGGAAGGAAGCUGUCAACAUUCUCAGAAACAUAUCAAAAGACAAGACAAGGCUUUGGUUCAGUGCAUCCAUAAUUGGAAUUUUAAAGGACGCUGAUGGCUUGUUUCUAGCUGAUCAAAAGCUAAUUGCUGAUUCAUUAAACUUUAUUGCUACUCAGCAAUUAGGCAAGCAAUACAAGAAUGCAGGAAGUUUUGCCUACUAUCAAGACACUGAUGAUCAUAAGGAUAUUGGUGCUGGAAUGCGUGAAUAUAUCCAAAAUGCCUUAAUUAUCUCAACAUUCUCAAAAGACAACAACACUAUGCAGCAAUACAAAGACUACAUCCUGAACUCAUUGAAUUAUUUAUACUCAAAAAAUAGAGAAUUUAGAGGAGAUCUUGUAAAUGUCAUCAUGGCUUACACAUUUGCACAAUUUGGUAGCAAACAACAUGUUGCUGAAUUUAUUAAAAAACUCAAUCAUGGAUAUGCGACUCCAAAUGCUCAAGCUCUCAAAAAGCAUCACUCGAUGUAUGUUGAAGUCAUUUCCUACCUGAUUCUUACAAAAAUUCUCAUCAAUGAAGAUCCUCGAGUUGAAGUCGAAAGGCUGCUUGCAUAUCGAAAAGUCAAUGGACAAUUUUACUCUCCAUAUGAUACAACUUUAGCCUUUAAGGCUCUAUUUGAGUACUCAAAGUAUAAAAAUAGUGGAAAAAGUUUUGUAUUUGAAAUUGAUGGGCAGCUAAAUAUGAUUGGACAGCUUGAAACUAAAACAUUUGGUCCAUUUUCAGAUCCAAGACAUGAACUGAUUAUUACGACUCAAGGUUUAGGAUAUGCAACUGUUCAUCAAGAGUUUGAUGACAACAAAGCACAAAAUAAGCUAAUUUCAACGCUCAGCACAGCUGUAAAAAAGACUGGCAAAAAUGACGACCAAGAAAUCAGUUUUUCCUUUAAAUAUUCACCAUUUGAUCAAACUUUAAACAGCAAUUUGUUGGUUCUUGAUGUUGAAGUUCCAAAAGGAUAUAAAGCAGUAUUUGGCAAGCAAUUACAGGACAUUGAAUUUAGGGACAAUGGAUCAACUGUUGUCUUUUACUUACGCAAUAUUAAGAAGAACAUCCAAUACAGUAGCACAAUGACAGUAACAAGGAACAAAAAUGAACCAGAGCAUCACAACCAAUUUAAGAUUAAACUUUAUGAUUAUUAUCGUCCAAAUAUGAUUGAUAUUGAUUUACUUUGCAUAUAAAGCUUUAAUAUAGAAUGACAAACUUGAAAAUUCAGAGCUCAAAGAAGAAUUGAUUGUUUUUUGAUUCGACUAUGAAUCGUCAGGAGUACAACUAAGUCGACAUUAGUCUAUUCAACCUAAACCUAAUCGAUUCUUAUUUAGUCUACAACAACUUAGUUUACUACAACUUAGUCGAUUUCAAACUAAUUGAUACUCAUCUGGUGGACGCUUAACUUUGCCUUGUUCAACUUAAUGUACUCCAACUUAGUCGACUCAAACCUAGUCGACUUCAACCUAGUCGAUUCAAACCUAGUCGACUCCAAUCUAGUCGAUUCAAACCUAGUCGAUUCAAACCUAGUCGACUCCAAUCUAGUCGAUUCAAACCUAGUCGACUCCAUUCUAGUCGAUUCAAACCUAGUCGACUCAAACCUAGUCGAUUCAAACCUAGUCGACUUCAACCUAGUCGAUUCAAACCUUGUCGACUCUAACCUAGUCGAUUCAAACCUAGUCGACUCCAAUCUAGUUUACUACAUCUAAGUCUCCUCCAGCCUAGUCGAUUAAAACCUAGUUUUUUAAUCGUGUGGACCAAAACUUGAUCUAGUUCAUCCUAUUCAACUUUUACUUUAUCGAUUUCAAGUUCAUCAACUAAAAUUAAGUCUGCUACAACUUAGUUUACUCUAACGGAGUCGUGCCGAAAAAUUCGCCCCUAAGUCGUCCCUGCGUAGGAUUUCAUCUCGAUUAACCGACUUGUUUUAUUCGGGUUUAUCUGUUUCAACCUAGUCGACUAUAGCUAAGUCAACCUCAAACUCUGUUUAAAAUCAAUUAAUUAUUUUUUAAUAAAAACCAACUUAAUUUAUUACAAAUGAAUAAUAUUCGAAACAUAAUCUAUUCUUUUAUUCAAGCAUAGCCACAUUAUCAUAUCAACAUUAUUUUUUCAGUUUAAUGCUUCAUGCAUUGAUGUUACCAUCUGAGAAAUUGGUUCUUGAUUCUUUUUUUCAGUUUGAAGGAUGUCAUCCGUGUUCUUCUCUAGACCGUCAAUAGCUCCACUUUUUUCUGAGGUUUGAUCAUUGUUACUGCUAACUGAGCUGCUCUCUUCUUGAUGUUCGUUCUUCACACUUGUUGAUGCAUCGCUAUCUUCUUCUUGAAUUGACUUUGUUGACGCAUCAGAUUGUGUUAUUGAUGUCUGUGUGACUUCAUCGUGAUUGUCAUCUGCUGUAUCAUCUUUAUGCUCUAAGGCAUUGUUUUCAUUGUUGUCAUCUGUUUCUGAGUUUUCAUCAUUUUUAUCAUGUUCAGGGUCUUUAGAUGUAGAUUCAAUGUCUGUUGGUUCACUGGUAACAUCUUUGGGUAACUCUUGUUCAGGAUCAACAUCUUCAUUUAUAGUUUGAGUGCUAUUUGUUGUGGUUGCUUCAUAAUCAAUCUUCUGCUCUGAUUCCUUGUCGUGUUCAUGCUGAUUAAUCAGAGAAUCUUGUGUUGAAUUCUCCUGCUGUACUUUACUUUCAAGUUCGCUGUCUUGAAGUUCCUUAGCUGAUUUUUCGUUUUCUGCAAUUUUUUGAAUUUCUUCUGCAGCUUCUUGUGCUUUUGAUGCUGCAUCUUUUGCUUCUUUAUUUGAACUUUCAGCUUUAUCUGCUCCUUGUUCUGCCUUGUCUGCUGCUUCGUUUGCUAGAUCUAAUAGAUUUUGAAGAUGACUAAGAUCUUCAUCGUAAUAUGAACUUUCGAUAGACUUUUUGUUAUUCAAAGCGAUUACUAAGCUAUCAAGUGUAUUAAUUGCUGCUUGAUAUGUUUGUUCUGUUGCAGUUUUUGCUGUCAUCGCUAAGUUUAUGAUUCUUUUAAAGACUUCUUCAGCAUCGGUCUUGUUUUGGAGUAACUUGUAGGUAGCUUCAGCUGAAGCUUGAACUUCUUUUAGUGCAUUUUCUUCAUUGAUUGCACUUAAAGCUUCUUUCGAUGCUUUAGUAAAUGCAUUUGCAGCUUUAAUGACUGAAUCACUAGCUUGUAGACUUAAUGCAGCUAUUUCUUGUAGCUUUGUGACGUCAUUUUUGUACUUAAUAGUCUCAUUCAGGCUGUUUUCAGCUUGGCUAGCUAAUGUAGUUGCCAUCUGUAAUGAUUCAGCCUUGAUUGUUGCUUUUGCAGCUUCAAUAGCUUGGUUGAUAGCUAAAUCUGAAUUUUGAGCAGCUUGUAAUGCUAGAGAUGCUAAGUUUUGAUCAUUCUUUGAAGCAUCAAGUGUCAAUAUCAAGUUCUCAAGUAAAGACUUGAAAUCAUUCACGGGAGAGUCUUGGUCGACAAUCUGAUAUUGAACAUUUUGGUUAACCUGCUGGAUGUUAGCUGAAAUUGGACCAACCAAACUGUCGAUUUUAAUUUGAAUAUUUUCAAUAGAUUUUACAGCUUCUGAUGCAUCAAUUGAAUGUUCCUUAGCUUCAGUUGCAAGUUCAACAGCUUUCCUAGCUUGAUUGACUAUUCCUUGAUUUUCUUCAGCUUUUACUUUCAGCUGUUCUGAUUCUAUUUUCAAGAUUUGAAUGUUUUCUUUGUGUUUUUCAACUUCUAACUUUGCUGAUGCUGCUGUACUGUAAUUUGUAGAUAUUCUUGCUUUCUUAGCAGUUGACAGUGCAUCUCUGGCCUGCUUAGUCGUAUUAUUCUUUACAUUUGAGACUUCUGAAUUAGUUUUUUUGAUAGAAUCUGCAAGAUUGUCUAAACUUUGAUCAAUUUUUGACUUAUUUAUUUCAACACUCAAUGAUUUUAUAUCCUCAGAUGUUGAGCUUCCUAUUUUGAUUACAUCUUUCAGAACUUUAUUAACUUCAAGUGCUUCAGUGUAAGUUUGUUUGGCUACCAAAGCUGUGUCUUUCGUUACUUCAGCUAACAGUUUGGAUUGAUUUAAAGUUUCGUGAAUCUUUUCAAUUUCUGAUUUUAUAGCUUUGGCACUAGUUGUGUAAUCUUUAAGAUUUUUUAGUGCUUCUAUGACUUUUCUCGACUCUUUUGUUGUUUCUACUGCGUCGGUUGCGUUCUUUGCUUUUUCAGCUGCUGCUUGUGCAUUUUGCAGACUCUUUUGUGCUUGAUUAUUUGAAAAUUGUGCUUUGGAUGUCAAAUUUUGAGCUUUUUCAAGUUGUUCAUUCAAAAUUGUCAAUUUCUGUCGUUCCUCCUUCUCUCUUCUUGCUUUAGACUCUCCAAUUUCUUCCCUAGAUCUUAGUCCUUGUUCCACAGAUUCUUCAGUCUCUUUAGCCUCAAUCCUGAGCUUCUCAGUUUCUUUGCCUAUUUUUAUAGCAUCUUCUGCCAAACUUGAUAUGUUUGCUGCAAUUUCUGCAAGAAUUGACAUUUGUUCUGCUGCAAGAUUUGCAUUAUUAUCUGCUUUGUUAGCUUCUUGUUGUCUUGCAUUAUCAGCUUCAUCCUGUGCUGUCAUUGCUGCUUCAUGUGCUUUAUUAAAGUCAUCUUUAGCAUUUAUAGCUUUUUUAUUAAGAUUCUCGAAUGUAGUUUGAGCUUCUUUGGCAAUUCUAGUCAUUUCAGCUUCUGUUUCUUGUGAUUUUUUAUACUUUUCACUUUUUUGUUGAGAUUCGGCAUGCAAUUGGAAAGCUUGAUGCUGAAUUGACGCUGCAUUAAUUCUUACAACUUCACAUUCCGUUUUAGUAUCUUCGCUGAUCUUUUUACCUAUUUUAAUGCUGUUGAAAUCUUCUACAGCUUCUGAUUUUGCUGAUUUAGCAGCCUUAAGAAUCUCUUCUGAUUCUGUCAGAACAUCCUGUACAUCAAUAGCGGCUUUGUCAACUUCUGCUUUUACAUCAACUCCUUUUAAUGCUUUUCUAGCUUUGUCAAGCACAUGAUUAGCUAAAGAUAUAGCUGCAUUGACAUUUUUUUGAGUUUUUGUAAAGUUUAACUUGAUUUGCUCAAUUUUACUUCUUGUUGACUUGAUUUUAUCUUCUGAUUCGCUAACUUUUUGACCAGCUUUGUAGACCCUACUUUCCGUCUGAUUUGCUGUUCCUUGAGCUUUUAAAAUACUUUCUUGCAUUGACUUUGCAUCAUUCUGAGCAGCUUCGACAUCAGAAAGUGCCUUUGAAGCUUCAAGUUUGGCAUCUUUGACAUCUUGUUUGGCUUUAUUUAAAUUUAAUGUCAAAUUCUUCAAUUCGUCUUUUGCAAAAGUUGACUCUUCGUUUGCUUUAUUAGCUGCCUGCUUAGCUUGUUGUGCCUUAAUUUGUGCUCUUAUUGCUUCACUUUCCAAUUCGUAAAUAUCUCGUCGAGGACGUUUUGGAGCAUUUAUUGACCGAACUUGCAGAACAGAUAUAUUAAUUAUUUUUGAAUUUUCUCGAUCCUUUGCAUUUGAAGCUAUUCUGUAUGAUUCCAUGGCUGUCUCGAGUGCAUUUAAUAAAUUUCUUUGUGCAUCGUUAAUCGUUGUAUUUGCAGAAUUGACAUUAUUUCUUGCAAUAUUUGCGGUCGUUUGUGCAUGCUUUAUAUGGUCAUCUGCUCCUUUAAUCGACAUUUGUGCUUCUGAUGUAAUAUUUACAGCAAGUUGAACGUUAAGGAGGACAUUUUCAGCUUUCUCGAUUUCUCUUUCAACUCUGAUUCUCUCGCAGGACUCUUCGUUCUUGUCAUAAACGUAGUAGAAUGUAUCUUUGAUG